AUGCAGGACCCGGAGCUCGCCGACGUCCCUGCCUUGGAGGGGGGCACUGUGGCGAAUGCCGUCCAUGCCGAGCUCUUCGUGAAGCAGCAAAGGCAGAAGCUUUACGGUUCAAGGCUCAUGGUAUGCUGUCGCAAAUUGCUGUGUGUAGUUCUUCUGUGUUCUUGUGGAGCAAGCGUCCAAACAUCUGCAUUCUCGUUCGAAGCGGGGAAUCCUACCAUGCAGUCAGUGUCCGCGUGCCACGGAGGUCAUGUAGGCAAUGCCAUAGUCUUGACUUCAGAAGGUCGAAGACCUCGAAGAUAG